CCCAGAAAAUAUAACAAGAAAUCGUAAUCUGAUACUUAGAAAUGAUUUGUUUCCUUACGUAAGUGAAACUAAUUUGUGUUAUUAAAUUAUUAUGAAUCAAUAUCAUUCAACAGUAGAAUGUAUGUGAUAUUUGAAUAAUUUGUACAAAACAAAACAUAGCGAAAAGUGAAUAUGCAAUUCAUAUGGAUUUACUGGUAUAUGCUUCUCAUCACAGAAAGACUUCAGAGCAUUGUGAUUAAUAGAAAAGAGGGGGCAGAUGUCGUUUAUGGUAUAAAAUGCAAUAAUACCUAUUCUAAAGAACAAGAAGGGAAGACUUGCUCAUGUAGCAAUACGAGUUCAGCUUUCACAUCAGACCACCUCAAACGUGCACACUGUUUUAAACUUGAAGAAUUGCACACAACACAAGGUCCUGCAUCUGAAUAUAUUACCUACAAAAACGAUCAAAGAAAAAUUACAAUAAAGUCUUGCAAAUCAUCAGCACAACUCUCCUACACGUCGAUAUGGAAUUACACAAAUGGAACUGGAAAAUGGAACACAAUCAAAACAAAAGAAUAUAUAAUCCUUCGUAACAACACAUUUACCAUACAAAAUCGAAGCAUGUGGAAUGGUCUGUUAAUUCUGUACAGCUACAAAUGUGGUUCUGACAACGCCACUAACAUAUUAAUUAAAUUUACUGGAGAAAGAAAAUAUCCCUUAGCAUCUAACGUAAUUGAUGUAUUGACCAUAAAAGCAACAUCAACAACAACAACAACAACAAGAAAAGAAUCUGGUGCGAAAGGGGAUUCAGGAAUUUACAUAAUCUUAGCUGCAGUAAUAAUCCCAACCGUUAUUAUAGUUAUCAUUUUCAUCAUUAUUGUUAUUCUGACAAAGAAAAAAUCAAGAAGAAGAAAAGACGUGCUUGAAAAGAAUUAUCAAAGCCUAAAAAUUAAAUACAACGCUGAAGAAACAUACACAACAUUGGAUGAAAAUAAACAAUAUAAAAUGUGUGACAAUUAUGAAGUACCUGCUGAAAUUAUGAAUACCAAAAGAGGUGUAGAAGACAAUGCUGAAGGACAGUAUGAAGUUCCCGAUAAACUUAGUCAGGACGGUUAUGAAGAUUUAUAUAAUAUCAACCAAGAAAAGACGCAUUAUUAUAAUACAACAAGUAAUACCAUCAAACAGCAAAAAAACUAUAAUGAAUAUGAAAAUUUUAAAAUUCAAAACCAAUACUGAUUAUGGAAUCGCAUUUACAGUUAAGAUGAAAAAUUACACACUUGUAAUGAACAAACUGUAAUAUAACUUUCUGAUCA